UGCGUUUAUAAUUUUGUUCAGUGUAUUAUUAAAACUACGGCCUUGGUGUGAAACUGCGUGCUCUGCAUACACCACCGUUUUGCCUCUGGGUUGGGGCUGAACCAGAGCCAUAGAGAGAGAGUCUUCCUCUAUAGCACCAUAACCAGUGACUGUAAAAAAAGGAAAAAAAAGAAAGAAGAAUAAAUAAAUAAAUAAAGGUCUGAAGGCGACCCAGGUUAGUGGCAGGUCCAUGGUAACCUGGCAACGCAGGCUUCCUGCGAUUGGUUUAGCAGCCAGAACUACAAUUUAGCUGCUGACCACAGUCUCUUUUUUUUCUUACCUUAUUAGUUUGGAGUUACUCCCUGCACCAGGGAGGGGUAAGCCAGCAGGAUGGAUGUCACAGAGGAGAAUAUGACACCAACGGAGAUGCUUGAGAAAAUAACGGAGCUGGAUUAUGCUCAGAGCCAACAGAGGGACCUGAAUGCUAAAAUGAGGCAAUUGCUGGAUGUUGCAGAUGAUGAUAUAGCAGUGCUUCGCUCAGAGAACGCCAACCUCAGAAAACAAGUGAAAGCCCUGGAGAAGAACAUCAGUGAAGCACAGAAGGUUGAAGCAGAGCCUUGCAGUUCCCUCCUAGCUGAUGACAUCAAUGCAAAGAGAUGCAGUGAACAAAAGAUUCAGAAAUUGGAGAAGGAAUACACCACGAUAAAGGAACAUAAUAAGAAGCUAACUACAGAGCUCAAGAGCCUCCAGCAAGAGAGAGACCAGGACAAGAUUGGCUUGAGCAGGUUCAAGGUUUCACUUCAAACCCUGGAGCGUAGCAUGGGAGAGGCUCAGUUAGAGCUGCUUAAAAGGGAUGAGGUUAUUCAUCAGAAAAACUUGCAGUUAAAGCAUUUGGAGGAGGCAAUGGAAGAAUGCUCCAACAUCAUAAAGGAUCUCAGGCUGACCAAUCAGAAGCUGAGUGAGCAGUUGGAGAACAGACUGGAUGAGGCCUCAUUCGCUUUUGUGAAUGACCUGAUGGCAGAAAAGGAAGGAUCGCUCAGUCCCCCUCUGUCCUUCGCAGAGGAAAUGAAUCUACUGGCCUCUUCAGCUGAAGUGGAAAUCAACAUGUCAGACUCCACAGAUCUUAGACAUGAAGAAUCUGAGGCGGAGGAGCUGCUGAAGCCUCAAAGUGUCACAGUAGAUCUUCAGACCAAAAGGUGUGCAGGUGUCUUGGAGACAGCCGUCCAGAGAGCAAGACUCUUUCUGCUGUUUGUCAUUCUCACCGUUUCGGCCUUUGUGGCUUCAGGAAGCUGUACAGGAAACUUUUUUUCCAUCAACACCUUGUGGAGUGGUGCACACCUGAUGUUACAGCCCUACUGCAGUGUGCAAUACGGAGCUUUACCUCCUAUUUAAUUUAAACUCUCCCGCUUAUAAACAUGUUAACUCUU